UUAAAACUGUUAAAAACAAAGACAUUGCAUUAGUCAGCAGAUCGUCGUCGUCCUGUACAGUACGUGACUUGGCCUUUUCCAGGACUCUGUUGAAAGAAUCCUCGCCGCCGAGCGAUAGGAACAUCCUUGCAAUGUUGCCGCAUCAUCAGCGCCAUAAAAUGGCGGCAUCGACGGGCCGACGAGCCAUCUGCUUCCUGCUGCUCUCGCUCCUGCUCCUGCUCCUGAUCGAGUCCACCGAGGCGACCCGCUCCAAGGAGGAGCGUCGCAGUCGGGGCCGUGGAAGUGGCAGUGGAGCGGUGGCCGCCUCCACCAGCAUGAACAAUGGCGGGGGAUACUAUGGCUCCUCCUCCUCCUCGACGAUGGGCUCCUCCUCGGGCUAUACCUUCACCAGCAGCAGCAGCAGCAACAGUGGCAUUAACUCUGGCAGUGUGGGCUACAGUGGACCCAUGGACAGCACUGGGUUCUGCACUCGGCGACGGGACAUGAAACUGAUGUGCUACUGUACUCCAGAUGAGAACCAUGUGCCCGUGCAGAAGGCAGAGUGCUGGGUGUUCUCGGAGGGGCUGCAUCAGAAUGAUACCACCUGGACGCGAUUCUAUCAGCAGAAGCGGUUGAGGGAGCUCAAGUUUGUGAUCCAGAACAAUGCCCGAUUGGACUAUAUACCCACGAUGAUCAUUGAGCCGCUGAAGAACCUGAGCAGCAUUGUCAUUGAAUACUCGCAGGUGGAGAUUGUGAAGAGCUAUGCCUUUGCCAACCUGCCCUUCCUCGAACGGAUUAUCCUGAACAACAACCACAUUAUGGCUUUGGACCAGGAUGCCUUUGCCAAUCACAUUCGGUUGAGGGAACUGAACCUGGAGCACAACCAGAUCUUUGAGAUGGAUCGCUAUGCCUUCCGCAAUUUGCCGCUUUGCGAGAGGUUGUUCCUGAAUAAUAACAACAUUAGUACCCUGCACGAGGGUCUCUUUGCGGACAUGGCCAGGCUGACCUAUCUGAAUCUGGCCCACAAUCAGAUUAAUGUCCUGACCAGCGAGAUAUUCCGUGGUUUGGGUAACCUGAAUGUCCUGAAACUGACGCGUAAUGAGUUGAACUUUAUCGGAGAUACGGUCUUUGCGGAGCUGUGGAGUCUGAGUGAACUGGAGCUGGAUGAUAAUCGUAUCGAGAGAAUAUCCGAACGUGCACUCGAUGGCCUAAAUACGCUGAAAACUUUGAAUCUGCGGAAUAAUCUUCUGAAGAAGAUCGACAACGGACUCCUCCGCGGCACACCAGCCCUGCUGUCCAUCAAUGUCCAGGCAAACAAAUUGGAAACGCUGACCUUCUACACCUUCCAGCCAAUUAUGGACAAUUUGGUCAACAGCACCAGCGAGCUGUUGGUGUCAGACAACAAAUUCAUUUGCGACUGUCGUCUGCAGUGGAUCUUCGAAUUGAAAAAUCGCACACGUCACCUGCAGCUGCGUGACUCGCUGGAUGAGCUGCUCUGCUCGCUGCAGGACCCCAAGCUGGCGCAUUUCGUGGACCCGGUGCCGUCGCGUAUCCUGGAUGAGCUGAACGUUGGAGGCUUCACGGCGAUUGGCAGCAAUAGUGCCAGCAUGGGCGGUGUGGGCAACAGCGUCGUGGGCAGCAGCAGCAGCCACAGCUACGGGGGAUUGGGUCUUGGACUGGACGACAGCAGGAAGCAUUCGGGCAGCAGGUCACGACAGGCACUGCGGCAGCGACAGUUUGCCGAGAAUGUGGUGGAGACCAAGAUGCGGCGGCGAAGGAAGCGCCAGGAGGGAGGAGCCGAUCUGAAGGCGAAGGACCUGGCAGCCGUGGCGCCCACACAUAAGCGGUAUGACUAUUACGAUGACAACAACGGCGGCAUGUCCUUGGGCCAUGGCCUGGACCUGGACGACAACCUGAACCUGCACAAACAGGGCUCCUUCUACGGCGGCGCCUCUCCGGUGGCGGGACACAACGAUGUGGAUGUCCUGCUGACACCGCACUCGGCGCCGGGCGAUGCCCUCGAUGCGCUGGCCAACAAGAAUUCGCUGAGCGUCCGCCUGUUCCUGCUGAAGCCGGAGAUGCUGCCCUGCCACGACGAACUGAGCGAUCCCACCGAGCUGCCCCUCUCCCGCGAUCUCAUGGAUGUGCGCAGCAAUGUGGGCCAGGAUGCGCCGACAGGAGGAGCUUCGUCCUUAGGAGUAGGCGUAGGUAUCCUUGCAGGCCUUGCUCUCGCCCUGCUGACCAUCAGCCGGGGUUGAAUCCGGGAGCAGAGUGCUGCUCCUCCUCUCAGUUUGGUUCUACAUUGUACAUACUGUCUUGGAGAAACGAGCUUCAACACGAUACGCGAAACGGAAACGGAAACAGAAGAAUAAGAAACCGAGACCGGCAACGGCUGCCAGCAAAAGUCCUGUAAAUAUGUAAAAAAAUAUAUAAUGGGGGUAGUGAACGCGAAAUUCGAUAAACUUACUCUAAUGUAAACACCUAGCUGAUAGACUCGACUCGACUUUUCACCAACAACUUCGGCAGCAGAUACAGAUCAAGAUUAAAGAUAAAAUAUACACGUUAAAAGAUUCAAGAUACAAGAUAGAAAAAACAGGAUCCCCGUAACCCAAGAACUCACCCAAAGAUAAAAUGAGAACCUCCGAGCAAACUGGCGUUUCAUUUAAAGAGAGAUACUCGUCGUACUACCACUACACUCUACUACAUAGCAUUAGUUUAAAACGGUUUAGCCAUAGAGACUCCCUUGGUUUACUUGAGCAAGAAACUACAGUGAAACUUGGAAAGCGCUAAACGUCUUAGGUGCAGAGACAGAGCUGGCCAAAAAGGAGAAUCCACUGAACGAGGCAUGCCUGUAAGAUAAACGCAAAAGCAAACCGAAUCGCUGAAAAUUGCAACGAUAGCCGUUAGUCGAUAGGCGAUAGUUGUCGAUAGACGAUAGCAGAUAGCAGAUAGUUGAUAAAUGUAAUAGGUAAAGCAAAUACGCCCCCGGCCACCCGCAGUUCUCGUUAGAUUUUAAGCCUGCUUUUUUAGUUUUAAGACAGACGGAACACUCGGCUUUGCUAUAUCCUGUCGCCUGAAUUUCCCCCUUAAAUUUUCCCAACCCAAGCCCAGCACAGUUCCGCGGAAAAUCCGCGCUUUACUCUUACUUUCGCCGCACCAGAAAUGAAAACGAAAAACAAGAUAUAAAAAUACAUACAUUGCGAAUUUAUAUAACUUAUUUGAAUAGAUUCAAAUUAUAUAGAAAACAAGAGCAUAAAAUAAAUAUAAUGAAAACAAAACCGAAACAGAAACAGAAAUAUGCAUAACGAUUUUUGUAGCUUAAGACUGAAUAUAUAAAGGUAAAUUAUGCUAAUAUAUACAAAAUAUUUAUAUGGAAAAAACCCAAAGAAUACUGUACUGUACGUUUAAUUGUAUUGUAAUAAAUGCGAGCUGGGGGAAAGGGUAAUGUCAUUUAUAUAGAAUACCAAAAGUAAGCCGAAACCAACAGAUCCGUGCAUCCAAAUUAGCAUGCGAUGCAUACAACACUUUGUUUGGCAAAUUUAUUACGUAUUUUAUUAUGCACAAAACAUGAUUUAAAUUUAACAAAACUAAAGAAAAAAA